CCGUAUCGUUUCAGCAAAGAUGAUACAGAUCAUUGUUUGCUGCAACGCAGCUAUAAGACAAUAUUUAAUAAAAUAUCACUGGGAUGUACUGUAGAUGCGUGCUGCAAUUAUUCUCGUGCGAGGUAUAACGCAACUUUGAACACCGCAUUUACACUCCGGCAAUUAUCAUAACUUUUGAGUAAAAAAACCAACCCACCACUGAUAUUACAUUGGAACAAAAUAUUUAAAUGAACGUAUACAAUAAUCAAUACUUUUCACAUAAUAGUGAAAUUCUGUAUUCAGCUUCAGGUGACAAGGAGACCCUCAUUCGACGAAGUCUGGAAGAAAUAACUAAAGAAAUUAAAGAAAUUGAAGAUGUUCUCACUGCAACGGAAAAUAUAGUGUGUAAUGAAGAGUUAAAAAAGUGUCCAUUAGAAUGUAAUAGCACAAAUAAUAAUAAUCAUACUUCAGACACUAUAUCAUACACGCUUAAUAAUCAAACAACCAUGAUUUUACCAAAUGCAAAACUUUAUUUUCAAAAUGGUAAAAUUGGUUGUUUAGAAGCAGAAAAGCAAACAUCUAAUAUUAAUAGCACGUAUGCUUUAGUUAAGCAUAUAAUUAAAUUGGAAAAUGAAAAACCAUUAGCGUGUUCAGAAAGUGUGAAUAGAAUUAUAAAGACAUCUGAAACCUCAUCUUGUGAUGCUAAUAACAAAUUUAGUGACAUUCCGAAAAAUAUAAACUCAAAAUGGAGCACUUCAGAAAUAAGUCCGGGUUUUAGUAAAGAAUUUUGUAGCUGUUCGCAGGUUUUUGUCGAUGAAGACGAAGAAGAUGUUCAAAUUCGAUACAAUGAAUUACCAGACGUACUUAAUGAUGAAAUAAACUGCCGACCAAUUAUUGAGAAUGAGUUAAAUGAAGUGUCUUCUAAUUUACCAAAUUCUGUUUGUAAUUCGUCUCAUUUCACUACAAGUUUGGACACGAAUGGUGAAAAGUUUUUACGUAAUCAAGUUUGUCAUUUAAUAAGACGUUUUACUGCACGUGCCAAAAAAGUAAAGAAUCAUUUAGAGUGUUCUCCAUCAUCUUCCAGAAAUAACUCAUUUUCGUCACAUUCUUCAGCGAAAUCGCUUCGUUUAAGGAAUAACGUAAAUGAAGAAAAUAAAUCAAUGUCAGCUAGUAAAUCUUUGCUAACGCAAAAAAAUAACUUUUUCGAAGCAGACACACCACAUUCAAAAGAAUGGCUUUGUUCAAAUGUAUGCACCCAGAAAAAUGAUGAAACCACAUUGGACCCACAAGGCACAAUAUAUAUAUCAUGGUUGUGCAUUGUUUCUCUUACUUUCUUGUAUAAUGCUUGGGUUAUUCCAAUGCGUGCAACCUUUCCAUUUCAGACUGAUGAGAAUACAAAUAUAUGGUUAAUUUGUGAUUUUUUUGCUGAUAUUAUAUAUUUAGUCGACGUAGUCUUUUUUAAACAUCGCGUUAUGUAUUUAUUUGAAGGUUUCUGGGUUAAAAACAAAAAGCUUACAUGCAAAAAUUAUAUGCGGAAAUUACAAUUUAAGCUUGACCUUUUGGCUAUGUUACCCUUAGAACUAUUAUACUUUGUGUUGGAUACUAAGGCAGUAUAUCUCCGGUUUCCUCGUUUCUUCAAAAUUCAGAGUUUUUGGGAAGUAUUUAAGUUGCUUGACCGUGUAAUAUCUUCACCACAUAUAGUACGCGUAGGAAAAACAUUAACUUAUAUGCUAUAUAUGAUACAUCUUACAGCCUGUGCAUACUACGCUUAUAGUGACUACCAAGGUUUGGGAAUUAAUCGGUGGGUGUUCAGUGGAAAUGGGCAUCCUUAUGUUAGGUGCUUUGCUUUUGCAACGAAAACUGCAACUUCAAUAGGAAAAAAUCCGAAGCCAGAACAUGACGGGGAGUACGUUUUCAUGACAGCUGCUUGGUUAAUGGGAGUAUUUGUUUUUGCGUUAUUAAUUGGUCAAAUACGAGAUAUAAUAUCAACCGCAACACGAAGCAAAAAUGAAUACAGGCAAUUAGAAGAUGCAACUCUUGAAUACAUGAGACGCUUAAGCUUGCCUAAAGGAGUUCAGAAAAGAAUUAAAAUGUGGUUUAAAUUUACUUGGGAUCAGCAACGAACUUUGGAUGAAGUGAAUAUAUUAGAUUCUUUGCCUAUUAAUCUUAAAACUGAUAUUGCAAUAUCUGUCCACAUACAAACGCUUUCCAAAGUGCAACUAUUUGCAGACUGUGAAGAAGCACUUUUACGAGACCUGGUUUUAAAAUUACGCGCUGUUACUUUUUUACCGGGUGAUUAUGUUUGCCGCAAAGGUGAAGUCGGGCGUGAAAUGUAUAUAAUCAAACUUGGCCAAGUUCAGGUAAUGGGAGGACCUAAUAAUGAUACAGUUUUAGCAACACUAUCUGAAGGUUCAGUUUUUGGUGAGAUAAGUUUACUGGGUAUUGAUGGUGCAGAUCGACGAACUGCAAAUGUACGAUCAAAAGGAUUUUCGAACCUAUUUGUUUUAUCGAAGUCCGAUUUAAAUGAAGUAAUAACAUAUUAUCCAAACGCUCAAGCUAUACUUAGAAAACGUGCACGUAUACUUAUGCGAAAAAAUGCCGCACGAGAGCGCAAAGAAGCACGUAAAAAAAGUUCGCUACAAGAAGAUGUAAUUAUUAAUAAUCCAAAGACACCAGAAAAUGCACCAAAAUUAUUACAAACAGUAAUACAAGUUUUGCCGUACAAGUCACCUGCAGUAAUGUUGAUAACGCAUGGGUCUAAGAUAUUGAAAAAGCAAAAUAAAAUAAUUAAUACUGAAAUCAUUAUGAAUAAUGAAGUUAAGAAAAUUGAUGAAAAUCAAAUGGACUUAAACGUUCUUGUAAGAAAGGACGAUAAUCAACUACAUUCUCCAGAUUUGUUACAACACAAUGUAGUAAAUUUAACUGAUUCAGAGAAAGCAUCUAUCCUGUCUUCUAAUAAUAUUUCUUCACAUUUCAAUGACAAUGAAUAAAGUUAUGAACGAAUGACAUUAGCUAAUGUAUGUUAACUAUUUCAUCAGAAAUUAAGAGAUCAAAAUAUACAUAUAUCUAAAAGUAAUAGAAACUUUAAUUUUGUAAAAGUUCAAAUAAAAGUUCAGUUCGAGUUCCCAAUCGACUCAAUUAUGGCAGUAAAACAAACUAUUCUUUCAACUUUUUCUCCUUUGUAAUAUUAUAUUUAAAUCUGCAUUAAUUAUUUGUGGUGUAGUAGUAUUGCUAUAAAAAUAAACA